CGGUAUAUUCCGAGGAAUUCAUUUUCCGUCGGAUCGUCCGUCAGAAUACCGCUGUUUUCUUGUAGUGUUUAUAUGGUGGAGUACGAGGAGACAAGUGUGUACAACCCGAGGGAAUGUGAAGGAGAACGAAUGGUUCAUAUGGUGAGCCAGAGACUCGAGAAAGGUGGAAGAAAGGAUAGGUUAAAUGAUACGGUGGAUUGCGUGUGUGUGGUGGAUGAUGUUCUCUUCGCUUUCGUCAGGUGGAAUGGGAUCAUGUGGUUCGAUACAAAGCUCAGUGUGUGGAGAAGAUUGGUGGGUCGUGAUGGGAAGCAACUACCUUUUGUCUUACACGAGACUGCCAUGGCGGAACACGACGGGAGGCUUGUGGUUUUGUGGGACGGCUUGCGGGGUGAAAAUGAAGUUGAUAAUACUUACACCAAGAAUGUUCAGUGUAUGUUGGUCUCACUCGAUAGAUCUGGAGACAGGAUUUGUGGUGUUGGAACUGUUUUUUGGACAAAUGGCUAUGGCCAAUAUUCCGGUAAAUUUUUCGAGCAAUUUGAUUGUCGAAAUGACCGGAUUGUGGAAUCGUAGGAUUCAUUGUUAUGAGCACUAUGGUAUAGUGUAAUCAUAUAUCAAAAACGAAGUUCGUUUGAAUGAGAAAUGAAAGUCUAAAAUAGAUUAUUUGUAAAAUAUCUAUAUUAGAAUUGUGAGGUAAGAAACCUCUUGUGUUUAAAAUGGAGAAGUUAUAACAAAGUUAUAAAAAAACUUUAUAGACACUUUGGUGUAUUAUAAAAAGAGAUAUUUGGGCUGGAUCAAGUUUUGGAAUUAAUCAAAUAAGAUUAAUCUUGUUAGCCCAAAUUCAUUUGCUAAUUAUUUAAAUAAAUAAUACAAGCAUAUUAUCUCUUGGUGUAGAGAAUGAUUCUCACGUUUUUGACCAAGGCUCUUCAUUACUACUUGACUAAAUCUUUGACCAAUGUCAAGUUGAUUUUGUGAAUUUAUUUUCGUAACAUAUGAAAAUCAAUCACCUCUUAAUAGUCAUUAUGAAGGAAUCAAAAACCACCAUCUCCAUUUAGUGCUCGCAGUAGCACACGUUAGACUUUAUAUUCUAUAUAAAGGUCAUGCUCUUCUCAUUCUCAAGAUAUACAUCCAAUACAAACAAAACCACUUUCUCCUACUUCUUUUUGUUUUGUGUCUGAGAGUAUAACAUAGAAAUAGGUUCGACAGGCUUUGGUUCUCAAGUGCUGUGAGACUGAAGAUAUAGACAGUUGUAUCCUGGGAUUCUUAAACGUAUCAAACCGGCACACUACGGGCGUUUAAAGGAUUAAGGAAAGAGAUCUAAUCUCGACUCUGCUUCAACCUAGUUCUUUUCCAACUACGGUAUUAUUUUGUUGUAUUUUUAUUUAUGUUAUUUGUAAAUUUUUUGCUUUACAUAUCAAAUUUGCCUAUCUAGUAAAUUUGGUGCCUACAUGUGGGACGGUCGAUUGGUCUGGUAUUGCGGCUACUGUCCCAUAUUCGUUUCGUUUUCUGCAUUGUUUAGCUGUUUCUGAUUGAUUGAUCAUAGUAUGUGUUCUUGAGAGCAAAGUGUUUGGUAAUUAGAAAGGAUUAACCAAAGUAAGAAAUGAACAUGUUUUAAAGUUUGUGCAAUGAAAUAAUAUGUUUUGUAAAACUGCUGCUUGCUUGUAAGAACCAUCACUGGACGGAUCUUCUAUCAGAUUUAAGCUCCUUUUUUUUGUGGGUUUCCGCUGCCCAUUCGCCAAAACUGGGUGAAGAAACCAACUUCCUUCAUUAUAUUUCUUCUCCCUUGUGUUUUGUGGAAUGAAGAAGGGAAUCUAUUAAGGGAUAUGUAUCCCACAUUGGAAAAUCAAUGGGACAUUAAAUAAUAUAUAAAGGGUUAGGACCAAUCCACUCAUUACCAAUUGGUUUUAAGUUGGAAAGCCCAUAAUUAACUCGAAUCUAACAUGGUAUCAGAGUCCAGAUCCUAAUAAGUUCAAUACAUAUUUAAUAUUAACCCUACCCGACCGAGUAUAACUGUAUUAAAAAGUUUCUGAGAUUUCUGACCGAUAAGAGCCAUCAUCUCGAGAAGAGGUAUUAAGGGAUAUGUAUCCCACAUUGAAAAAUCAUUUCGAAAAAAGAUAUUAAGGGAUAUGUAUCCCACAUUAGAAAAUCAAUGGGACAUUAAGUAAUAUAUAAAGGGUUAGGGCCAAUCCACUAAUUGCCAAUUGGUUUUGAGUUGAAAGCUCAUAAUAAACCUGAAUCUAACAUGGUAUCAGAGCCAGGUUGAGGGAGGGUAUUGGGAUAUCUACAAGAUCAAUCCAAUCCAAGUGGUCAAUAUUAAGAUAUACAUCAAUUUGUCAGAAUCCAUCACACAGUGGUAUUGUCUUUGACAGCUUCUUGUUGCUU